AUGGAAGGACGAUCAGCGGCUCCAUAUACGGAUAAUCCGUACGCCUCAGGAUUGGCUGUCUCAAAUGAACCUGUUCCCAAAAGCACGCCGUCUUCGCCAAACCCAGCUACGGCAGGAAAGGCAUCAGCCAAACUGGCAAAAGAACUCGGCCCAAAAAUAGUGCCUCAGAGAACUUCGAAGACAUCACAGAAGCUAAAAUUGCUGCCUGAAACUUUGGAUUAUACCACGGAAGAGAGCGGUAGAGACGUGUAUUCGCAGCUUACUCGGAUUAAGGACAGACCCGCUCGGAUAGACGCAGAGAGACUAGGGAAAAAACAUCGCUCUGUUCUUCCAAGAGUCACGGCCUAUUGCACUGCUGGUUCCUAUAGAGUGAAAGACUUGAUCAGAUGGCUCAAGGACAAGAAAAGGAUACACGGGACGUCUCCCAAAUUGUUCGAUGAAUGCAUAUACACUCCCUUCGCAUACAAGGACUGGAGGGCGUCAGGUUCCGGUAACCUGGAACGGUCGAAGAAAAAGUCCUCUUCAGAUUUGCCGAGCGCGAAGGAUGGAUCGGAUCUGAUAAGACUGGAUGACGAGGGUGGUGAGAUUGACGUCCGUAAACGGUCCUCGGACCUGUUUAUAUUCGAAUAUGGUGUGGUGGUUAUGUGGGGCUUCUCGCCGAAGGAAGAGAAGAACAUUUUGGUAGAUUUAGCACGUUUUGAGGACGAGAAAUUGGCUGACGAAGACGUUCAAGUUGAGGAGUUGAACUAUUAUGUCACGAAGAGUUACCAGCCCAGAAUCUACAACGAUUUUAUCACUCUAAGAGACGAUUCUAACUACAUGUUGAAGUUGUCUAUCUCAUUUGCCAUUUCGCAAUCGGUGAAAAUUUCCCUGUUUGAGGAACUGGUCGAUAACACAAUCGAGGAUACGCAGGACAUCCCUCAACAGAUAGCACACACUGGUAAGGUGGAGAUGACCAGAGAGGAAAUCAUGAAGAGUAUAGGUGAGCUCUUCAUUCUCAGAAUCAACAUCAAUUUGCAUGGAUCCGUUUUGGAUUCGCCGGAGCUCAUGUGGUCCGAACCACAACUUGAGCCUAUUUACCAAGCCACCAGAGGGUAUCUGGAGAUCAAUCAGAGAGUGUCUCUGUUGAACCAACGCUUGGAAGUCAUUUCAGAUUUGUUGCAGAUUCUGAAAGAACAGCUGGGACAUUCAAACGAUGAAUAUCUCGAGCUGAUCGUCAUCCUUUUGAUAGGAGCAGAGGUGGUAGUUUCCAUCAUUAACGUGAGUAUUUUGCCUUCGCCAUUCACAAUUUGCCAGUCUUAUACUAACCCCAAUUCUAGAUCAUCGUUGAUGUUUACGCCGGUUUUUAAUUUACAUCAUAAUCUAGCGCCAGUUUCGAAAGAUUCCCUUUAA